GGACACUGCUUUGUUCAACAGUAGGGGAGGGCAGACCCGCACAGAGUUGCUUUGCCUGCUAGAAGAAGCGUUAAAUACAAUCUCUUAGGGCGGACUAUCCUGCCUCACCCCCGUCUAGCUGUCUUCUAACGUGUCUCUAAAAUAUUUGUCUCUCCUGGACUCGGAGGAUUUUUAUCGAGGGAUGUCAAAGCGAGUGCGAAGCAGGGAGGUCUGCGCUGAUUGCAGUGCUCCGGAGCCACGCUGGGCCUCUGUGAACAGGGGUGUGUUGAUCUGCGAUGAGUGCUGCAGCAUCCAUCGAGGUUUGGGGCGACACAGCUCCCAAGUCCGACAUCUGACUCAUUCUUCGUGGCCAUCCUCCCAGUUACAGAUGGUUCAGACACUGUAUGGCAAUGGAGCCAACUCCAUUUGGGAGCACAGCCUCCUGGACCCUUCCUCCUCAGUGAGUGGGAAGCGCAAAGCCAACCCCCAGGACAGAGUUCACCCCAACAAGACAGAAUUCAUCAAGGCCAAAUAUCAGAUGCUGGCGUAUGUCCAUCGCAUGCCAUGUCGGGAGGAUGACAGUGUAACAGCAAAAGACCUCAGCAAGCAACUCCAUUCCAGUGUUCGGACCGGAAACCUGGAGACCUGCCUAAGACUCUUAUCUCUGGGAGCGCAGGCCAACUUCUUCCAUCCAGAGAAAGGAAACACACCACUACACAUAGCAGCGAAAGCAGGACAGAUGUUACAAGCAGAGCUGUUGGCAGUUUAUGGAGCUGAUCCUGGGGCUCUGGACUCGAGUGGAAAGACCCCCAUUGAUUAUGCAAGACAAGCGGGGCAUCAGGAGCUGGCAGAGAGGCUAGUGGAGAUACAGUAUGAACUCACUGACCGGUUAACAUUUUACCUUUGCGGUAGGAGACCAGGUCACAGAAACGGGCAACACUUCAUCAUCCCGCAGAUGGCAGACAGAAAUAACAGUCUGGAUUUGUCAGAGUUUGCGAAAGCGGCAAAGAAGAAGCUCCAGUCGCUAAGUAACCAUCAGUUUGAAGAACUUGCCAUGGAUGUUUAUGAUGAAGUUGACAGAAGAGAAACGGAUGCAGUGUGGUUGGCCACUCAGAACCACAGCACACUUGUAACAGACACCACGGUUGUGCCUUUUCUGCCGGUCAAUCCAGAGUACUCAUCUACCAGAAACCAGGGUCGGCAAAAACUGGCAAGGUUUAGUGCUCACGAAUUUGCCACCUUGGUUAUUGAUAUUCUAACUGAUGCUAAACGACGGCAGUGGGGUAACUCCUGCGAAAGUCCCAAAGACAACGUGGAGCUCAUCCUUCAGGGAAUAGACAGUCGCCAUAACAGUGAGAGCCAGGACAAUGACCAGCCAGAUUACGACAGUGUGGCAUCAGAUGAAGAUCCAGUGCAGGAGGCCAGCUGCGGGGAUAGCUGCAAUGAUCGAAGGACCAAGAGCUCUGAAUCAUCCGACCUCUCUGAUGGACCAAUCACAGUGCAGGAAUUCAUGGAGGUGAAGAGCGCCUUAACUGCAUCAGAAGCCAAAAUACAACAACUCCUUAAAGUCAACUGCCACCUCAGUGAAGAGCUGCGAAUGAUGCAAAGCAAGCUGAACUCCCUGCAGACUGAAAACACAACACUGCGAUGGCAGACCCCUGGUGGGCAGCAACACCUCCAGGGGCCCUUAGGUCGACACCAACCCCGCGGAGGUCGCGCCAUGUCCAUGUACGAGACAGGCUCAAGUCCCAGGCAGUACCCCCACAGAGUUGAAUCGGCACGGCAAGAGGAUGGGGUCGUUUUACAGCCCUUCCCAACCAAUAUUGGGAGGGGUCCUUUGGGAACGGCUGCUUCCUCCCUCCCUACCUUCCCCUCUUCCCUGUCCUGGUCGUGGGAUGAGAGAUCUCGAAGGGGCUGUAGUCUGGAAGGACAGGGUAUCAUGCUGGAGAAUGAUUAUGACACCACGCCCAACCACUCUGAACUGGAGGAGACUGGCAGUCCUGUUCCAGCUUCGGAUGCAGUGGAGCCGGGGGAGGAGGGGGAGGAAGAUGCCACCCUGCCAUGCACAGAAGACGUCAUCUGUAAGACAGAGCAGAUCACCAAAAACAUACAGGAGCUUCUGAGAGCUGCCCAGGAGACAAAACAUGACAGCUUCCUGCCUUGUUCAGAAAAGAUCUGCAUGGCUGUGACAGAGAUGGCUGCCCUGUUUCCCAAGAGGCCGUCCUCGGAGACCGUGCGGGGGUCUCUGUGUCUGCUCACUUCGAGCGCCAGCCGGCUCCACGGAGAGUGCCAGAAGGCAGCAGAACACAACCCCUGCCCAUCGGACAUCCAGCUGGUCACUCAGCAGGUCAUCCAGUGCGCCUAUGACAUUGCCAAAGCUGCCAAGCAACUUGUCACUGUGACAACCAAAGAAAACAACAACUAACUAAAACCCAAAGACAUUCCUGAUACACUCAAAAUACAGUUUAUCAAUGAUGUUGCUAAUUUCAACUUAAUCAGUGUUAACACCUUUUUUAUUUUAUUUUUUGGUUUUCCCAUAUUAAUCAGUGUAAGUAUCCGCAUACAUUCCUUGAGGUGAGAAAAAAAGAAGCACCAUGCAAAAUAACAUAUAAAUCAAAACAUUUAUUUAUUUUGUUGUUUUUGUAUCAUGGUCAUACGGAGUAACCCAACACCUUUAAAAAUGUAGGACAGAAUGUCCUACUAUUCUUUACCUCACAAAAAGAGAGAACAAUUAAAAGGUGCCAUAUGUAAGAAUGCUAGCCUUAAACAUGAAAACAUUAACACAAAUGAUUAACAGACUGUGAAGAAAGGUUUUAUUUAUGUUUUGCAUUGCAGAGAUAUCUAUAGAUGGCAUGCUAACCUAGUAGCCCCGAGCCACUUUGUUCCCCUAGGGAUGAUAGUCCGAGAGUAAACAACACUAACACUCCCUCAGCGCUAAAAGCUCCCAGUCUGGGCAGAUUCAGCUAAUAGGAGCGCUAGCUGCACAACUAAUUGAGCUUACGGCAGCUAGUUAGUGGUUACUCUGGAGAGACGCUGCCCCCUAUUUGUUUGGAGUACAAAAUCAUCCCGUGGCCAAUUCUUACAUAUUGCACCUUUUUUUUAAUCCACUUACUUUCCAAAAAGUGCAAUGUAUAUGUGUGUAUAUAAAAACAAUUAGAACAACAAGCAGUUGAGCCUUCCACAUUGUAUUUUCUCCAUAGAGGUCAUCAGUUGUGGUCCUUGAGGUCAAAAGGCCACAAUUCUGCAAAGAGACCUGGCAUCAGGGAUCAGAACAGAUUGACCUUAAUCUAUACCAGUGACAUCAGAUCAUUUUCCUUUUAGCCAUUUUACAUUUUUUAAGAUGCAACAACAGUAUUUUAAUCUUGAUUCAUUGUGAUGCCACUUGCUUAGAGUUCAAAUGUUUGUUUUGCGAGCAAACUGUGAUUUAUAAAAAAAAGAAAAGAAAAUAGCUUCAGUGCGUCGAGCGCUGUGUAAGGCCAGCAGUACCAAGAGUGUGCACACUUUCAUUCCAUCCAGCAGCUCCAGCAGGUGAUUUCACUGUCCAGUCCCUCCACUCUGGUCAAAGAUGUGUUUAUAGGUAAAGUAUCAGUAGUUUUUGGAGUUAUAAUGUUACAGCCAUACUUCUGAUGUUGCGUGCGUGGGUGUGUGUGUGUGUAUGAGAGAGAGUGAUGGCCUCAGUGGCCCGUGUGAAAUCCGUUUUGAAUCAAUUUUAAUAGCAUUAUGCAAAUAUAUAAGAUGUAUGUAUCCAUGUAAUUCUUUAUCAAAAUAACCCAAAUGCUAUUCUAUUUAUAAACUGUAUGUCUUACCUCUAAGAAAAUAUCAAUGUUUAUUUUCAUAAGCUUUUUGUUUUAACAUGAUGCUCCUCACAGACUAACUUUUGUUCUGAGGUUUGGGACGUCUCAGCUGGCAGUAAGUUAUAGGCAACUUGUGAACUCUGUUUAUUCGGUGUGGUGCUGUAACUCCAGUGUGUUAGAUGCUGCCUGUGGUCACAUACGUACAGCUAUGGUUUACAAUCACUGAUAAAAAAAAGAAAAAAAAAAGUGCCCUCAAAGUUAGAGUACCUGUUGUAGAACCUGGGCCUAAUGUGUCACUUAUUGUUGUAAGCCAGAUAAGUUUCAACCAGGGCUGGAAAGAGUACUUGAAUACACUGCACAUGUGGAGAACAGAUGAUUCAACAGUACCCAAGUAGAAGUAAGAUUACCUGCCACUGUAGUUUAAAGCUGCUGUAAGUGAUAUUUUUUAUUAGAAUAACCUUUAAAUGGUUCUAUAUUCCAACAGUAAUCACUCAAAUGGGGGUUUGAUCGAUAUCCAUCACUCUCCUUCCCCUGUUCUUGCGGAAAAAGAGAAAAUAAAUUUCCUGGUAUCCCUGCACACUUAAUCCAAUCAGGACAGAAAAUGCCAUAAAGAGGCGGUCCUGUGUGGUGGUGAACACACAGAGCAGGAUCCUGCUAUGUCUUGUGAGUAUCUCCAUGCAUUCAGGUGAUAAUGUAGAGAGGAGCGAGGGUUCAGAGAACUGAAGUCAUGCCCCGUCUGGUUUGCUCUUUCAGAGAAACUUUAUAUGGUCAUGAAUGGAGGGAGACAAAUCAUUUUUUGAUCCUACUUGAAUUAUGACCUUUAGCUACACAUAUUAAGUUUGUCAGUCUAAAAGAUGAUUUUCCAAGUCAAGAAAGUUGCAGUUGGUCAUAAAACCAAUGAAAUACAAGACUGGUAAUACUUUAUAUUAUUAUAAAAACUCCACAGCCAACAGUCUUGUUAGUGAUGUCGUCUAAAUGGUCAGCAAAACCUGUAACUCAAAGAUUGUAGAGCUGGUCCUGUAUAUUAUCAGCUCACAGAACUGAAAAGCCACCCUUUCAUGUAACUGCAGUUGUCAAAAUGGCCAGUUUUAUUGUGAUUUUCAUCUUUUAAGUAUCUUUUCUGUGCCGAGCUGAUGGCUGUGUUGGUGCCUGUGUCAUGCGUUGCGUGAGACGAUGUAGUUCACUGGAAAAUCAUCUUUUAAACUGACAAAAAAAUCAUAUGUAUAGUUCGGGGCACAAUUAAAGUGCGAGCGAAUAAUUAUUUGUCUCUUUCCAUUCACUACCAUACAAUUAUUUUUCCAAAAUCAGGUCCCGUGGGGUCCACUGGAAAAGCUCUUCAUCACUGACUGCCUGCAGCAGCUUUAAUGGCAAAUGCUGAAAGGCUGUGUAACAGGAGCUCAUGUUGAGAUCGGUACCAAUGGACAUUUUACAGCAGCGCCUACCUACAAGUUUGCUUAGUGGUCAUAUCAGACCAAGUAAGGUGUCUUAACAAUGGUUAUUUCUUCUUUCAAAAAUCACACUGUGUCGAUUUAAUUCUUUAUUUCAAAACCAGAUACUUUAAAAACUUCCACAGUUAAAGUGAGAAUAUGUUGCUUUAACAUCAUGGUCUUAAAUAACUAAAGAGGUGCUCCUGGGUUACAGUGUGGUGACAGCAGCGUGUGUGUGUGUGUGUGUGUGUGUGUGUGUGUGUGUGUGUGUGUGUGUGUGUGUGUGUGUGUGUGUGUGUGUGUGUGUGUGUGUGUUCAGCUCCUCUCCAGCCCUGGUUUCAAACCCUGACUUUGACCUCCCUGUAACUUCAAGCCUCCCACUGCCUCUGUGCUCCAAACAAUCCCUACCUUAGGUUAUAAUAAAGUAUAACUCAUACCUCAA